AUGGCGCACGCAGACCACACACGCGAUCCCUGCCCAUGGGUGAUCCUCAACGACUUCGGCGGAGCGUUCGCUAUGGGUGCCGUUGGCGGCACGAUCUGGCACGGUAUCAAAGGCGCCCGCAACUCGCCCCGGGGUGAACGCCUGCCCGGCUCACUCUCUGCAAUCAAGGCGCGUGCCCCCGUGCUCGGAGGCAACUUCGGCGUGUGGGGCGGCAUGUUCUCCUCGUUCGACUGCGCCGUCAAGGGCAUCCGCCAAAAGGAGGACCCGUGGAACGCCAUCAUCGCCGGCUUCAUGACCGGCGGCGGCCUCGCCAUCAGGAGCGGGCCAAAGACCGCCAUCGGCUCUGGCAUCAUGUGUGGCAUCUUGCUGGGUGUGUUCGAGGGCGUGGGCGUGUUGAUGCAGAGGAUGAUGGCCGAGGGGAAUAAACAGGUCGCGCCCAUCAUCCCAGAUACCUUGCCCGGGACGGGGCAGCCGGCACUGCCUAGCGCAUAG